CUCUUUUAUGUUUUGUAUGGGAGCUGUACAUUUUUGCUGAGUCACUGCAAUCCUAAUCAGUCGUUAAAUAUGCAUGAUUCAUGAAAUAUAUGUUAUAUAAAUAUAUGAACCUUCACACUUCUAUUUUUUUUUUUUUUGCACACAUGUAUGGUAGUAUUUCUGGUUUUCCAUCAAUCCCCUAGAGUAGAACAGAGAAGAAAUGAUACAAAGGAAGGAGCUGUAAGCGCUGUUCUUUUUGCAUGUCAAAAUGAUGAAUUUUUAAUUGGAUUUUCUCACAGAGCGCAUGCUCGGACAGCAUGAACAACCGCUAAAAAUGCCACUGUGGUUCAGCUUAAGACAAACGAGCAUGAGAUCAAAAAGCAUGUGUAUGGGGAUGAUCUUUCUUCAGACUUUUCCAUCCUUCUCCAUAUAGGGGGGGUUGUAUUUCUCAUUUUUCUCACGACCUGCUACCGGCAGCUUCGUGAAAGGACAGGACCGUGCUGGGAGGAGUAAUUUUCUUCUUUUUUUUGUAAUCUUUCCACCCUCGGUGGGCUGUUCUCAUGCAUAGUACAGAUAUGUUAUUGGUGCGUGGCUGCUACAUGUUGAAGAAAUUGGGCGAGGCGCCAGUCGUUUGUCCAAUGGCAGGUCGAGGUGUGGUUCUUUAAAGGCGUGGAAAGGGCGGGGCUAGAAGCGGAAGUGUGCCUCGGCUGAUCUCUCUCGCUGUCAUUCGGCCACGGUCGGUUCCAGGAGAGAGGGGCAAGAAGUACACAGGGAUCCGCUGGCUGUGGAGGAUUGACAGCUAGUCAGAAACGAUUCUGGAAUCAAAUGAACAAUGAAACCGAUCGUAUCAAGACUGUAAAAGAAACGCUCGCUUGCCACAUUAACAAAGCCGUUUGAUCAUAUAGUCCAGAUCAGAGAUCCGUGUCAUUGAGCAGGCAGGACACGUCAGGAGCAGGGAGGGAAAAAAAAAAAAAAAAAAAAAGCUGACCGACUGCACUGUACGAGUCAGCUUUAAAUCGCCUGUGAAAAGCCUAGCUCGCCGCACUCAGCUCGCCAAGGACACCAUCUAGCUCUCAGUCCAAGAGGAAGAUCUCGACAAACACAUCGCCGAGGUCGAAGGUGGUGAUCGAAAGGACCAAAGAGAUCACGAUAGCAUUUGUUCUGGGGAACAAAACAAAUGGGGGAUUACGGGUUUGGUGUUCUAGUUCAAAACAACACUGGCAACAAGUCUGCAUUCCCGGUCCGAAUCCACCCGCAUCUGCAGCCUCCACACCACCACCAAAAUGUGUCCCAGAGCCCCGCUGCUUUCAUAAACAGCACCACAGCCACAGGGAAUGGCAGCACGGGAGGCUCUCCCUGGCUCUUCUCUACCUCUGCCACCCACAACAGCGUGCAAGAUGAAAUCUUGGGGGGGGCAGAGAAGCCCAAAGCACAGCAGCAACAGGAAAUGCAAGAAACGCAGGAGAAACAGCAGUUAUCUCCUGGGAGUCACCAGGAAGGUGGAAGCAAUGGUGGGAUCAUUUCAGAACUGGAAAAAGCCAAGGAAACCAAGACAGAGAACGGCACAUCAGAGGGUGGCAACGGGAAGGAGAAGCAGCUUCGCCUUGAGUCACCCGUCCUGACUGGCUUUGACUACCAAGAAACAUCUGGCCUAGGUGGAACUGGUCCAGUACAGUCCAGUACCACCUCGUCAUCACUCACCGGCUUCAACAAUUGGUCAGCUGCCAUUCCGCCCGCACCGUCAACAAUCAUCAACGAAGACGUCAGCUUCUUCAACCCGGUGUCCGCCAACAACGGGACUCUGCUGUUCCAGAACUUCUCCCACCACGUUAGCCCAGGCUUCGGUGGGAACUUCUCCCCCCAAAUUGGACCAGCUGCGGCCUUGUCCCAGCACCAUCCGGCGCCACCCCCGCACCCCCACUUCCAGCACCCCCACAACCAACACCAGCAGCACCGGCGUUCCCCGGCCUCCCCUCACCCUCCGCCUCCCUUCCCGCACAGAAACCCAGCUUUCAGUCAGCUGCCACAUUUGUCCAACAGCUUGAACAAGCCCCCAUCCCCCUGGGGUUCAGCUAGCUACCAGAGUCCCUCUCCCUCCCCUGGAUCCUCAACUUCAUGGAGUCCUGGAGGAGGCUAUGGCAGUGGCGGCGGCGGUUGGGGAGGCUCUCAGGGCAGAGAUUAUCGCCGUGGAUUGAACGGCGGGAUGACUCCCAUCAACUCUAUCUCUCCACUGAAAAAGACCUUCCCUAACAACCACGUGACAUCCCAAAAGUAUCCUCGAAACAGUCCGGCGGGCUUCAACCCCAAAUCCUGGAUAGAUGAUGGCGUUAGCCGCAGUGAUAACAUUUUCCCGUUUCAGGAACGCACCCGGUCAUUUGACAGCUUCAACAUGAACACUUUAGAGAGCUCCCUGAUUGACAUCAUGAGGGCGGAGCAAGACACCCUGAAAGGUCGUCUGGGCUUUCCCCACCCCGGAGCGGACAACCCCCUCCCCCUCAAUGCCAGGAAUUAUAACAGAAGACGAGGCCACUCCUCUCUCUUCCCCAUGGAAGAUGGUUUUCCUGAUGAGGAGCGUGGCGAUCAGGGUCUUCCAGGCCUGGGCUCUCCACACUGCUUCCCACAUCAGAACGGAGAGCGCGUGGAACGCUACUCCCGCAAGGUCUUUGUUGGAGGCCUGCCACCAGAUAUUGACGAAGAUGAGAUAACCGCCAGUUUCCGACGUUUUGGACACCUGUUUGUAGACUGGCCUCACAAAGCAGAGAGUAAAUCCUAUUUCCCACCUAAAGGCUACGCCUUCCUGCUGUUCCAGGACGAGAGCUCCGUGCAGGCCUUGAUUGACGCCUGCAUCGAGGAGGACGGCAAGCUGUACCUCUGCGUGUCCAGCCCCACCAUCAAAGACAAGCCAGUCCAGAUUCGGCCCUGGAACCUGAACGAUAGUGAUUUUGUGAUGGAUGGUUCCCAGCCUUUGGAUCCCAGGAAGACUAUCUUUGUGGGAGGUGUUCCUCGUCCUCUCCGCGCAGUGGAGUUGGCCAUGAUUAUGGACCGUCUGUACGGCGGGGUCUGCUACGCUGGCAUCGACACCGACCCGGAGCUGAAGUACCCCAAGGGAGCAGGGCGGGUCGCCUUCUCUAAUCAGCAGAGCUACAUUGCUGCUAUCAGUGCUCGCUUUGUACAGCUGCAGCAUGGAGAAAUCGAUAAACGGGUGGAAGUGAAGCCAUAUGUGCUGGAUGACCAGCUGUGCGAUGAGUGCCAGGGAACUCGUUGUGGCGGCAAGUUUGCACCGUUCUUCUGCGCCAACGUCACCUGCCUGCAGUACUACUGCGAGUACUGCUGGGCGGCCAUCCACUCGCGUGCCGGGCGAGAAUUUCAUAAACCCCUGGUGAAAGAGGGCGGCGACCGACCCCGCCACAUCUCAUUCCGCUGGAACUGAGCGGAGUCGCAGAGAGGGAGAGGCAACAGAGCAGCAGGAGGGCAGGUAGUGCAGGAGUCGCAAGUUUUUGUAAAAAUAAAUGCACUUUUCUGUUGCUGGUUCCUCCUUUUGCUCUAACUUCAUCAAAACCUUUUUAUUUUUUCUUUAAAGUUAAUAUAUAUCAACAUUGUCAGAAAAAUUGGAGCAAAAUGCAAAUGUCCAUUAAGGAAAAAAGAUGUUUAACAUCAUUUUAUUUAUACUUUGAUUUUUUUUAAAGAUAUUUUUAUGAUUUUUUUAAAAUAUAUAUCAGAAUGUUUGAAGUGUGAAUAUGGUACUGUGUUUUUCAAUUGGCAUAUUUUUCUAAAAUCUUUUAUUUUAUUUUUAAUAUAAGCCCCAAAAAAGUCAUCGUUUGUCGUCCAGAUGACUUUGAUCUUGUAGCAGAGACUUCUUACAGUCUGUGAACCAAACGCCGUCGACCCCGGCGAGUCCUUUUUCAGUUUGAUUCGGAGAUCGUUUGCAGGAGGCUUCCGAGCAAGUGUGACUUUGAGAGAAAAAAAAAGAAAAAAAGGGAGUCGCUGAAGAAGAGUGCACUUAUUUCCAGUUUAAAUACUGAAGACGCAGUAUAUGAAAUCCUUUUUGUAGUUAACCAAAGCCAAAAUCGUAAUUAACUCAAUGAACAGAAAGGGCCCGCUGCAGAACGAAAGGGACCCCCUCCCAGAUCGACUUCUUUUUUUUAUGAUUUCCGAGACCGUACCAACAUUUUGAUGCUACUUGAAAAAUUGCAAAAGCGUUUUAGCAACACCAGAGAUGGGUUUUGAUCUCCAUAUUUGACAUGCAAAAACUAAUACCUCAAACUCAGCUGCUAAUGUGCCGAACACAGUAAAAAAAAAAAAAAAACAGAGAGAAAAGCAAGUAAAAACAUUAACGCUGUCUGUUCUCCUUUCCUUAGAACUAUAAUCAGAGGGGAGUUCUGCAACAGACACAGAGUGAUGUAACUGGCACAGUUUUGUUGGAACUUGCUUCAUCACCUCCUUAUUUUUGUAAUCAAACCCAGGGUUGUGCUAGAGACAGACCAGAGUGUUGUGCAGUGCGGUGUGGUUAACGUAUGACAUGGGCUAGGCUAUAGACGCAGCAGGAAAAACAAAAUGAAAGCAGCCCCACUUUUCUUCCGCAUGUUUGACUCUCUGCUAGCUAACAGAGAGGCGGAUCAAAAACCUGUUUCCUGUGUUCGCACACGGCAGGGCUCGGAUCCAGAUCCUUCAGGACGAGUGGUCUAAGGCUAGUGGAGUGGCUGCCUUUACUGCCACAAACAGGAAAUGCCUGAAUAUGCUUGUUUUGGGUUUUUUUUUUUAAAUGUGUUUGUGCAAUGCUCCCAAGUCUUUAAUGACAGAGUGCUACUUUGCAUCCAAGAGUGAGCUACAUCCGUCAUUAAAGAAGCAACUAACUGCUUUUGAGUCGUGGGUCGGUCCUUCCGUCGAACCCUCUGUCCUUUCUGCUGCCAAGCUAGUCCAACUCAGCAUCCAGUGUUUUUGAAAGCAUAAAUGAAGAUAGUUUCUGCAGUGUGCUCUACUACUACACACACGUCAACCUUACAUGCAGUUUGCGCUCAGCGACGAGAUUUGAAGGCCCGUCUGGCUUUGGCGGCGAACCAAAGAUGGCUGUGCAGUAGUGGGUCAUACUCUGACUCAUUUCUUGUCCUAUCAUUUGUACGUUUCUCUCAUCUUUAUUCUCAUAAAUCCAUAACUUUUACUUCUUUUUUUUUUUUUUUUUUGAACCUGUCAAGCCCUGAUGGACUCCAGCAAACCAAAGAUUGGCCUUGAACAUGAUCCACGCUGUAUAGUAACACUAUACAUGCUGCAGAUGUAGGAGAGCGUAAUCAGAACCAUCAGAACACCACUACUGACCCAGCAGGGCUUGCAGACACAAAAUCUCCUUCAGAUGGAGGAGGCUCUAGAUUUUUCUUUUUUUUAAUCUCCAAUAGCUCUGCAGGUUUGGGAAAAACAAAAGUGCACAAUGCCGCAGUGAGGGUGAAACCGAUCCUCACCUGCUUUUUCCUUCGUUUCUAUUUUCCUUUUUCUUCUUCAUUUGAACUCACUCAGUGGCUACCUUCUAGCCGAGCAUUUAAACGUCAGGGAGUUAGUACAGAAACUUGAUUUUACACACUAGUGAGAAUCCUCAUAUCGGCGCGGCGUCGCCGCACCCCCGGACAUUAGCGUCGCGGGUGCAGUGGGUGAGCAUUUUAGAAGUUAAAACACUUUGUGAAGAAUUUGCUGUUAAAAGAGUUUGAAAAAACAAAAAAAAGAAAAUAAUUUUAUACAUGGCCUGCUGAUUUUUUGGUACAGUGUUUUCUAGCUAAAUUAUUUUGUCAUGCACAUAUUGAACAUUUAUUAUGCACUACUUUUCUAAAUAUUUUUUCUUUUUCCAACAGUCAUUUUAGGCACAUUUUUCACAAAAUGGGGAAACUCCUUUUUGCAAUACCUCAAUUUUUCACAUUGUGAAAGGUAGCUUUUGUACUUUUGUUACUGAGAGAUCUGCAUAUAUGGAAAUGUUCAUUUUAAAGAAGAAAAAAAAGUUGAGUGAUUUCAAUAUAUAUUAUUUUCAAUUAUGCUUUUUAUACAUUUCAGUGCUGAGGAAUCUUUACAACUAAGUGCUCACUUGUGUUGAUGCGACUUCAGAUCUGCAGAGGAGAGACCAAAGCAUCCCUCUCUUGGUCUUAGCUUUUUCGUACUCGUUUCCAGUCUGGUUGCUAACCGUCAAAACGACAGGAAAAAAGAAAAAAAAAAAGAAAAAAAGCCUGGUAAUUUGAAUCUGUUUGUCUCUAAUAUGGCUACACAAAGGUAUAACUUCUGUCUUGGUUUCCUCUCCAUAGAUGGAGCAGAACUCGUUUUGAGGAGAAUGCAAAAUCGGGUUCAAGCUUAACGCUGAGCCUCGUAUCACAAGAAUGGAUGUUUGAUGUUUAGAUAUUUUAAUAUUUGAAAAAGUAUAUAGACAUAUACAUUAAAUAUAUAUAAUAUAAAUAUAUAUAUAUAUUCUUGAACUUGCCAGCUAGCACCUAUUGUAACCCUUAGCAUGCAUGACGAAAAAAGAGAAAGUACAUGAAUUAGCUAUUAAAACUAAUCGUUGUGGUGUGCACCAAUUGUUUCUCAACUAUUACGUUAAGGACACCCAGACCCCGCCCCCUCACUUUAGCUCCCGCCCCUCAUGUCAAUCUCCUAGUUGGCAGAUCUCUGCAAGAUGCACAUGACACAGAGAUAAAAUAAAAAACGAAAAAACACACAGAAGGAACCCAUAAGUUGAAACUGAUGUGGCAGCGCAGGAGCAUCCUUUUAGAACACUGUUUAAAAGAAGACUUGAGAACUCAUCCCGCCGUCGUCGAGGUGAUCUUUAUAUAGACUUAUCUGGAGGAAGGGGAACUUAAAGACUUGAAUGUGGUAAAUGUUGCAAGUUGACUUCAAGUUGUUAUGUGCAAUACUUCUUUUGAACCUUUUUCCAGAUAAAAAAAGUUUAAAAAAAAAAAACGAACUCUUUGCAAUGUAAUUCUUUAAUGCCAUUUUUAAUUGCAGACAUUUAAUUAAAGAAGAUGUUAAUAUGUUUUUCACAGUCAUUUUCUACUGUUAUUGUAAUCCUUUUCAUGCUGGUGUUUGUAAAAAAGAAAAGAAAUCAAACUAUUUGUACUAAUAUAAAUAAUUGAAGUUAUUUUUAAAACAUUAAAAGGUUUUUUGUGCUCAUUUGCUUAUUUUGUUUAUUUUAAGCUACUGUGAUUGACUGCAUUGUAAUUAUUAGGUCAACAAUGUAUUUAGCUGUUUAUUGGUAUAUUUUUAAUUGGAAUGUAUAAUUGAUUUUUAUAAUUUUGAUCAGAUUUUUGUUAUAUUUUUGAGGUGAAGCUUUUAAUAUGUUAAAGUGUCUAGUUUUUACUAAUUGCUAUAUUGUGCUCCACAAUAUAUGGUUCACAUUUUCUGAAGGAAAAUAAAUAUUUAAAUAUUUGUCUGUUAAUGAUGUUACUUAAUGGCAAGAUUUCAAUAGUUUUUAACUGUGUAUGGAAAGGUUGUUGUAUUUAUUAAUAGCAUUUUUUACUUAAGAUAUCACCUUAAUUUUUAUUGUCAUUUCACUUUAUAAGUUCCUAUUUUUGUAUUUUCCUUUCUAAUUAAGUUAUGUAAUACGGAUUUGUCCAUAUUUCUAGGAGUUGGUCUGUAGAAGUGCUAGUGAAACGAAAAAGAAAAAUCUAAUGUUAUUUAAUUGUUUGCAGCCAACUAUUUAUAACAGUAUGCAUAAUUUUUAAAUAUUUGUAAUGUGAAAUGUUGAAUGAAAUAAAUCUUAACUGUGAUGAGA